AUGUCACAAAUACAAGAAAAGGAAGAACAUCAUAAAAUGACAUUAAGAGAACGAGAAGAAAGUCAAGAACAAGAAAAAAUAGAAAUAGCACAAGCUAUAUACAUUCGUUGGAAAACUAAGAAAUUAAUUAAUGAACGAAUGUUAACACCUGAAAAAGCAAAAGCCAAAGCGACAGCUAAAUGGUCAAAAUUAGAUGAAGAUAAAAUGCAAAAAUUUUAUAAAGUUGCAUCAAUUGAAUGUCAUUUGUUAAAUGAAGAUGGUUCUUAUGGAAAAAGAAAGAAAGGAGAUAUUACAAAACGAAAAGAAGAGUAUCAUCCUUAUUUAUUAUUUUGUAAAGAAAAUCGAGAUAGAGUUAAAGCAGAAGGUCAUACAGGGAAUGAAAUAAUGAAAUAUCUUAGUAAUAUGUGGAAGGCAAUGUCUGAAGAUGAAAGAAAAAAGUAUAAAGAUUUAGCUCAACAUAAUAAAGAUUCAGUAAAGAAAUAA